AUGGCUUCUGAGAAAGAGGCUGCUCUCUCUGCUGUUCCAUCUGACUCCCCCACCAUAUUCGACAAGAUAAUCAACAAGGAAAUUCCGGCUAACAUUGUAUACGAGGAUGACAAGGUUCUAGCUUUUAGGGACAUAAAUCCCCAAGCGCCCACUCACAUUCUUAUUAUCCCUAAAGUGAAGGAUGGCUUGACUGGAAUUUCUAAGGCCGAGGAGAAGCACCAUGAGAUUCUAGGCCAGCUGCUUUACACUGCAAAGCUCGUUGCUAAACAAGAAGGCCUCGAGAAAGGCUUCAGACUCGUGAUUAACGAUGGACCUGAUGGAUGCCAAUCCGUCUAUCACCUUCACAUACACCUCCUUGGAGGACGCCAAAUGAACUGGCCACCUGGUUAG